AGGUUGCAGUGCACAUUCUAGUUGAAAGGUCGACGACGUCAAACUCAUGCUGCCUGGAACUGGAACAACAACAAACAGUUAGGAUUAGCCAAACGUUUACAUUUGUUAUUUUUCUGUGUUUGUACUGUAGCUUGUUGUUAGUAGAAAUGUCCGGAAAGGCCAAGGAUAUCCUACAGAUGGACCUGUAUGGUUUACUCGGUAUUGAAAGCACUGCUACAACAAAAGAGAUCAAAAAAGCUUAUCGACAGAAAGCCUUGACAUGCCAUCCAGACAAGAACCCAGACAACCCAAAAGCAGUGGAGCUCUUCCACCAGUUGUCCCAGGCUCUUGAGGUGCUAACUGAUGCCGCUGCCAAGGCUGCCUAUGAUAAGAUCUGUGCUGCCAAGAAACAAGCAGAAGAAAGAAACAGGAAACUAGAUGACAAGAGGAAGAAAAUUAAGCUUGACUUGGAAUCCAGAGAGCGACAAGCAGAAGCUCAGAGCCAGGAGGAGGUGCAAAUCACUAGAACACUUGAAGAAGAGAUCGCCCGUUUGAGAGAGGAGGGAUCCAGGCAGCUUGAGGAGGAACAGAGGCUCAUCAGAGAGCAGAUCCAGAGAGAAAGAGAAGCACAGCAGCAGCAAACAGGAGGCUACACUCAAACAAUCUCAGGAGUGGAGCGAUGUUCCAAGAGCAAUGUGACCCCCAAAUUGAAGCUCCAGUCUGUCCUGAUGGUUAUGGUAAUCUGUGUCUCAUCACAGCCAAGCCUGCCUGUCAUGCUUUGUCUCCUGUUAAAGUGGAAGUGUAAAAAAGACAACGAGACAAAUGGAGGCUACUCUGAAGACAUUCUUUUCAGACUUCUACAAAAGUAUGGGGAUGUUUUGAAUGUGAUUGUAUCGAGUAAGAAGAAAGGAAGCGCUGUGGUUGAAUUUGCAACUGUGAGAGCAGCUGAGCUGGCAGUUAAGAAUGAAAGUGGACUGAGUGAAAACCCCUUGAAGAUUUCGUGGCUUGAAGGAAAGCCCGAGGUUAUUGCUCCAUCAUCUCAACCUGGCCAGUUCAUGUCUUCACAGGGCUCCCUGACAAAUGAGCGCGACUAUGAGAGCGUGGUGAUGAUGAGGAUGAGGCAGGCUGCUGAGCGACAGAGACUCAUAGAACAAAUGCAGAGAGACGAUGAUGGGGACGGUGCCAGGCCAUAGCACAGCAGGACCCAGCCCGGUACCAGCCUGCAACUGUUAAUGAAUGAACCUGUUUCAGGCUUUAGUUUCAUAAAGCCUCUUAAGUGUUUUGUUAUAAUUUUUUGUAUGUAAUACACUGUGGGGCAAAAUAAAUCUUUUUAAUAACUAAAAAUAUAGUUUUUUUCCCCCCAAAUCUGUUAUUUUAUCAGUGUGUUAUGUCUUUUCUUUUAAUGAGAACGUAGGAUGACUGAGAAAGGUACAGCGUAGAGAAGAAGUGAGGGCUCCUGCAGGAUUCAGUGAUAAGCUGUGUGGUCCCAGAGGUAGGAGUCUUAAUACUCAGGCUGCAGGGAUGAAUCAGUGCUGCACACUGUCUAGUGUAACCAUAUUGUAUCAAUGCAUGGAUGCCAAUGAUAUUUUGAUAACUUAUUAGUGAUCAAUAUUUUAAUUGCAGAUUGAUUGCAAUUCUGUGUGGAUACAAAAUUUACUCUGUUAACUUGACCAUUUAGUUUGCUGCAUUAAACUGAGAUUAACAGAUAUUUAAUUUAAAUUCUAUUAGAUAAUAUUUUCACAGUGUCUUAGUAGUUUUUCGGAUGAUUUGUGGGAUGUAAUUUGCAGUCAUAAAAAGAAUAAAUUGCAAUAUAUCUUAACACAAUACAAUGUAUCACAAAUAAUUCGGAAUCUCAAAAAUAUUGCAUCCCGGCUGAUGCAUCAUUAUAAUAUUGUACUAUGGUGCCAAUACACCAACCCUGAGCACUAAUAAAUAAGUUGGUCAUUCAAGA